AAUAAGGAAGUGGAGAGGGAAAUGCCCGAGGUGCAAAAUGCGACAGUCACUCUAACUACAUUAGGGGUGAUUUCUCAUUUUCGACGUUCUCAAAUCAGGACUGUAAUGCAAUAGCUUUGGUUUUUCACAAGCGAGACUAGCAAUGGAGGGCUCCAAGUCGUCGAGCACAACCAUGCAGGUCAGCUUCGUGUGUCAGCGGUGCUGUCAACCCCUGAAACUGGACACGUCCUUUAAUGUGCUCGAUCGGGUCACUAUCCACGAGCUCAUUGCUCCGUUGGUCACAGUGACCCCCAGCAAACAGGCUGACAGUAGUGAGGGGGAGACAGCACCAGAGGAGACCUUUGUAGAGAACAAGCAAGAUGGAGUGUCGAGAAAAUACAUCCCUCCUGCACGGAUGAUGUCCACAGAGAGUGCCAACAGCUUCACACUGAUUGGAGAAGCAUCUGAUGGAGGCACGAUGGAAAAUCUUAGUCGUAGGCUGAAGGUCACCAGUGAUCUGUUUGACAUCAUGUCAGGCCAGACAGAUGUGGACCAUCCACUGUGUGAAGAAUGUACUGACACUUUGUUGGACCACCUGGACACACAGCUCAACAUCACAGAGAACGAAUGCCAGAAUUACAAGCAGUGUCUGGAGCUGCUGUCACACCUGCAGGUGGAGGAAGAGGAAACCCUUCUGGCAGAACUACAGCAGCUGAAGGAGGAGGAGGAGGCGCUGGUCCAGGAACUGGAGGCAGUGGAGGAGCAGAGGGCCGGUGUAGCACAGGACCUGGCCCAGAGCAGGAUCCACUCUCAGCAGCUGGACACAGAGGAGCUACAGUACCAGAAGGAGUACAGCGAGUUUAAACGGCAGCAGCUGGAGCUGGAUGAUGAGCUGAAGAGUGUCGACAACCAGAUGCGUUACUGCCAGAUUCAGCUAGAUCGGCUGAAAAAGACCAACGUCUUCAAUGCCACAUUUCACAUCUGGCACAGUGGUCAGUUUGGUACCAUCAACAACUUCCGCUUGGGUCGACUGCCCAGUGUACCUGUGGAGUGGAAUGAGAUUAAUGCAGCCUGGGGGCAAACAGUGCUGCUGCUGCAUGCUCUGGCCAACAAAAUGGGGCUGCGUUUCCAGAGGUAUCGUCUUGUCCCAUAUGGAAAUCACUCAUACUUAGAGUCACUGACAGACAAGUCCAAGGAACUUCCUCUGUACUGCUCAGGUGGCCUGAGGUUCUUCUGGGAUAAUAAAUUUGACCACGCCAUGGUGGCCUUCCUGGACUGUGUCCAGCAAUUCAAAGAGGAGGUGGAAAAAGGAGACACUGGUUUCUGCCUCCCGUACAGGAUGGAUGUGGAGAAAGGCAAGAUCGAGGACACAGGAGGCAGUGGUGGCUCCUACUCCAUCAAAACCCAGUUUAACUCUGAGGAGCAGUGGACCAAGGCGCUCAAGUUUAUGCUCACCAACCUGAAGUGGGGACUGGCAUGGGUCACCUCGCAGUUCUACAACAGAUAAACCUGCGGGACAAUGCCUUGGUUUAUUGGGUUUUGCAUAUCUGUAUGCCCCUCUGAUAAAUGGAUUACUUGUGAAUCUUACUUGGAGAUUUGGCCAAAGGAAAGGAAAUGGUUACGUCUGCACCACUUUGUUCAUCUUUUGGGAUUUUGAGUGGAAAAGGGCACAGAGGAAUGUCUAAAGCUUCAGUCCAGAUUGUCUGUUUUUGCAUGUUACAAAGAGAUCAUUUGAAUCUAUAUAAAAUUUCACACUUCCUCGGAUUAGAAUGUACUGUAGAAAUAAAUCUUCCCCAUAUUCAAUUCUCACCACAUUGUUCAGUUAAGGGUGUCUUUGGUCUCAUGUUGUACUGCACACCUUUGAAUUCACUUUGUAGCUUUUUCCAAAAUGAGAAAAAAAGUUUUUGUCCCAGUUAUGUAAGACUAUGAUUGGAUGAUUAUGGUCAAGGAAGGAUUUUUAGAUUAACACUGUUUAGUAUUCAACAGGAGUAUGUCAGUAUUUCUUUAACCUUGAAUGUGGUUACGUUUUCCAGUUAUACGUACUUGGCAGGCAAACCUGUAUUUAGAGGUGCACUGAUACAGCUACUCUGUUCAUACUCUCCACCAUCACAUGGAUUUGUCUGUUUUAGUUAUGAUGGAUACUUUUAAUGGUGGGACUUGAGUUAAUAAACAUUUUAUGCUGUGAAAAAACA